GGGAAUACACUUACCCUAAAUAGAAUUGAACAAAAUUGUGUAACGAAAAUAUUUUCGUUAAAUCCAGAUAUGUAGUUCCUAUACGGACAACGAGCGGCUAGUCAAUAGCGAGACGCACCCACUUUCCCAUCACGUCAUCCGUAGUUGUCGAGGCACAUACAGACUACCGGACUACGAAUGAGUAAUAAGUAAAAGAAAAAAGGCAACAUUGCAACCAAUGACAGCAUUGUAAGAUCAACAAUAUAUAUAGACAAUUAUGUAUAUAUGUAUACAGUACACCUACGUGCAAUGUAUCGAUCCACUUAUUCACGUUUGCAAAUUUAAAAUUCAAAGAACACUAUUCUCUUCUGCAUUUCAACGAACGACAAAAUGACUUUACCGCCAGCCUCAAGACGGCACGAAGAAAGAAAAGAGAAACGCAGUUUUGUGGUGAUUUUCGAUACGUAUCUCCAAAACUGAAGAACGAUAGUAGCUAGUAGGAUGUCACGUGACGAGGCUGAUAGAGGCUGGGCAUGGAUGAUCGUCGCCGCUGUAACCAUCAUUAAUAUGUCAAUACUACCUAUACAACAAUGCUUCGGUCUCAUUUUCACGGAACGUUUCCUUGCACUUGGUAUUACUGCCACACAAACGUCCUUAAUUCUUCAUUUAAAUGGGACAAUUACGUGCAGUCUAGGCUUGAUAAGCGGGCCGAUGAUGAAAAGGUUCACAUUUCGAAAAGUUGCUUUUGUCGGCAGCAUGACAAUUGCAGUUGGCAUCUGCAUGACUGCGUUUGCAAUCUCUGUUCCUUCUAUUAUCUUCACAUAUUGCAUUAUCCUGGGCAUCGGUUUCGGAAUCAUGUUUCCAGCAACGACCCUAGCAAUGAAUACGUACUUCCGGAAGAAACGUAAUAUGGCAAUGGGAUGCUCGGUUACUCUGACCGGUCUCGGUCCUAUCUUAAUGCCUCUUCUAAUAACAAAAUUACUAGAGAAUUAUGCUACCACCGGAACUCUUUUAAUUCUCUCUGGUAUUGCUGCACAUGCUUUCAUUGGAGCGUCAUUGUUAAAACCAUUUAGAGAAAUGGAGAUUUCAUGUAUCGCGAAGGACAAUGACACCAUGGAAUCUUCCGUAGAAUGUAUCGACGCUCGUGUUACCAAAGGAUUUGAAGAAUUGGACCUGAAAAAUAAAACUGACGUGAAUGAUGCUGAAAGUAAAUGCCAACUCUUGUAUAAAAGUGACAAUAUCAAAAUUAAAACGUCCACGCCAAGCCUGAAUGAUGAGGGUAAAAAGGAAGAUAAAAAAACGUUUCUGUCAACGAUCUCAGAGAAUUUGGAUCUCGAUAUGCUGAAGGACACUCGUUACGUCGCAGUUAUAUUAGGGAUGGGAAUAUCUUUGGUCGCUGAGACAAACUUCAACGCUUUGAUACCCUUCAUUCUUGCCGAGCUGUCUGGACUUCAAAGAACUUCGAUAGCAACAAUCAUGUCGAUUCAAGCUGCAUCAGAUAUUACUGGACGAUUGUGCGUUCCACUUUUGGCACAAAAAGCUGGUUGGACGCCAAGGAAUCUUUACAUAUUAUCGUUGAUCGGCUCGACCAUUGGAAGAACUAUAUUAUCGAUCUGGGGAAGCAGCUAUGCUGUUGUUAUCGGUGUUGCAUUGAUUAUUGGCAUUGCAAAAGGGACGAAAGCUGUUUUCCAAACGUUAAUAAUUCCUGAUUACGUGCCACUUGAAAGAUUGCCCGCUGCCUCGGGCAUGCAAAUGGUUUCCAAUGGUAUACUAUCUAUUGCCAUAGGCCCAAUCAUAGGUGUAGUUCACGAUGCGAUGAACAGUUACGUAGGUGCUCUUCAUUUCACUUCUUUCUUAAGUCUCUCUUGUGUCUUUCUGUGGUACGCGGGAGGACUUUGGAGGAUAAACAAAGACACUGAGAAUCGUUACAAGAAAGGAGAAAUGAAAGGUGUACCGGAUGAUGCGUAUGAAUCUAGCACAUUUUUUCACAAGGAUUCAAAGGGACCAAAGAAAUUAAAAUAAAAAAAUAACUUGGGCUUAUAAUACUCCACUUAACUGUAUAAUUAAGGUCAGGGUUGAAAACAGCUUCUCGCUGUACCUUGACUCUUUUUUUGUAGCAAAUGUGUUUAAUUUUUUGUUUCUCGUUUUCUAAGCACAUUAUUGUGUCUAAUAAUGUUUGAUAUUCAUAUUUUUGUAUAUAUGAAUACUAGACAUUUUUCCUGCUAUUUAUAAAAGCUUAUACAAUUAUACAAUACUCAUUAAAUUCACAAUUGUAAUGUA